AUGGCGACAGCGGCGGCGGGAGCCCUAGGCCUGUUGUGGGGCUGGCUGUGGAACGAGCGCUUCUGGUUGCCCCAGAACGUGAGCUGGGCCGACCUCGAGGGGCCGAGCGACGGCUACGGCUACCCACGGGCCCGGCAUAUCCUCUCGGUAUUCCCGCUGGCGGCGGGCAUAUUCUCCGUGAGGCUACUCUUCGAGCGGUUCAUUGCCAAACCUUGUGCCCUCCAUGUUGGCAUCCAGGACAGUGGUCCUUAUCAGGCCCAAUCCAAUGCCAUCCUUGAAAAGGUGUUCCUAUCUAUCACCAAGUGUCCUGAUGAGAAGAGGCUGGAGGGCCUGUCAAAGCAACUGGACUGGGAUGUCCGAAAAAUACAAUGUUGGUUUCGCCAUCGGAGGAAUCAGGACAAGCCCCCAACGCUCACUAAAUUCUGUGAAAGCAUGUGGAGAUUUACUUUCUAUUUAUGUAUAUUCUGCUACGGAAUUAGAUUUCUCUGGUUGUCACCUUGGUUGUGGGACACUCGACAGUGCUGGCAUAACUAUCCGUAUCAGCCUCUCACAAGUGGGCUUUAUUACUAUUACAUCAUGGAACUGGCCUUCUAUUGGUCUCUUAUGUUUUCUCAGUUUACAGACAUUAAAAGAAAGGACUUCCUGAUCAUGUUUGUGCAUCAUUUGGCCACCAUUGGGCUCAUCACCUUCUCCUACAUUAACAACAUGGUUCGGGUGGGAACUCUGGUCAUGUGUCUACAUGAUGCCUCAGACUUCUUGCUGGAGGCAGCCAAGCUGGCCAAUUAUGCCAAGUAUCAGAGACUCUGUGACACCCUUUUUGUGAUCUUCAGUGCUGUUUUUGUGGUCACUCGUCUAGGAAUCUAUCCAUUCUGGAUUCUGAACACGACCCUCUUUGAGAGUUGGGAGAUGAUUGGGCCCUAUCCCUCCUGGUGGCUCUUCAAUGGCCUUCUCCUGGUCCUACAGGUUCUACAUAUCAUCUGGUCCUACCUAAUUGCACGAAUUGCUUUUAAAGCCUUGAUCCGAGGAAAGGUGUCUAAGGAUGAUCGCAGUGAUGUGGAGAGCAGCUCAGAGGAAGAAGAUGUGACCACCAACACCACAAAAAGCCCCUGUGGCAGCAACUCCAGCAAUGGUGCCAAUCGGGUGAAUGGCCACAUGGGAGGCAGCUACUGGGCUGAAGAGUAA